AAUGUCAACCUCUUGAAUCUUUUUUAGUAUUUAGUAUGCACUUUCUUGUAUUUUUAUCAAAAUUUCACGUCAAUUGGCCCGUGUGAUGAUAUCUACUAAUUGCAAAAUUUGUUCAAAUGUUUCGGUAUGUGUUUGGCAUUGUACCGAACCGUUUUGUUCCGUUCCAAAACGACAUGGUACCGAAUGGUUCUAUUCUUAGAACCGGACCGUACCGAAUCGUUAAAAACCUCACGAAUACAUUAUGGGUUUUACUAAUUUACCGGACCGUUCCGGACCGCGCCCACCCCUAAUCAAAGGUAUCAAUUAUAGACCUCAAGAUUCGGUCCACAGCAGCAGAUCCAAAAACAUCAACCAUAAGAAACAGACCAGGUAGAGGCAGAGUAUGGUAACAACCGCCCUCUCACUGUCGCUCCAAAUCAUUCACCGGACAAGAAACGACGUAAACCGUCCGUUGGAAAUACAAAUGCUAAACGCAAGAUAGGGAGAAGACCACUUCAACAAUCCGUAAAAUCAAGCUUCUUCGAGGAUGAGUAAAAUGAUCGUCUAAUUGAUGGAAGAAGUUGUCUCAAUCAUCAGUUGGCCGCCACAAAUCCCCAAUGACCCAAUAUAAUUGACGUACAAGGAAGGAUCUAUACAACCCCUCAUUUCCGCAUCGGCCACUACGGUUGUAUUUAGGGCAUCUGCUCCCGGUCAAGGAAAUUGAUAUAAAAAGUCAAUCUUGUAAUGUACAUAAGACAAGACAACACAUCAUCUCUAAUUAUUUAAAAGUAACAAUUUGUUUUUGCUACCACCUCAAAAGUUCUUAUGAUAUUUCUAUUGGCCAUAACAGACUGUAGCAAAUCCCUUUAGUUCAAUUCACAUACAUUAUGGAGUACUCGUCUGCUCCAAAAUAAACUUCAUUCUUUUCUUUUCCGCCUUGUUGAGUUCCCUCCUUACCUGAAAAAUUAUUGAGAACUUUAGAAUACUGUUGAGAUGUCUAGAAUUCUAUAGAUAUGUAUGUAUAGAGAAGUAUUGAGUGUUCUAGAAUAAAUCUUGAGCUUUCUAGAUAGACAUGGUAGUGUAGAAUAUUUUAGAAUAGGCGUGUGGAAUAAUGUAGAAUAUUCUAGAACAUUGUAGAGUUUUCUAGAUAAGUGUAGAAUUCUCUAUAAUCGUGUGGAUAUGUGUGAAAGUCUCUAGCACAGUCAGAAGAGAUGUGAAGUUCUCUAAAUCCUUCCCGAAGAUUGGAGAAACUUGUGGAUACUUCUUGAAAGACUCUAGAAGUGUAGUGGUGUAUAGAGAGUUCUAGCCUUGAGAAGAUUAGUAUAAAUAGGAGUGACACUCCUCAUCCCUACGAGAGUCUCGAGAAAAGCUCUUGAUGAGUGAGUGAGAGUUAUAGCCUUCUUGAGGGAUAUAAUUGAUCACAACCUUCUUAUGAGAAAAGAGAGAUUCAAAGAUGUCAUGUGAUGAGUGUGAGUGAAUAACAUCUUGAUGGUGAGAGAAGACAAUUCAAGAAGGCUCUCAUGAGUGAGGUAGAAUUAAGUAAUUCCCAAAUACAAAGAGUAAAGUGAGCUACCCGUUUACUUGUAAAAUAUCUCUUGUAUGUUUCUAUUUUUAUUUUUUUAUUUAAUAUUUAUUUCGUGUUUUUAUUACAUUUUUAUUAUGAAUAGAGUUAUAUUUUUUUUAUUACUUUUAUAUUUUAGUUAUUAAUGAAAUAUGAAUUGUUUUAGAGAGAGAGGGUCUGGCGACUUUAGGGACCUCCGGCAUAACUGCCGGCGCUUUGGCCGGCGGCAACACACAACCAGAAGAGUUCAAUGGCAAGAAGGCGGGCACUGGCACUAUUCUGUUGGGCUCCUUCCCGGUUUGUGUUGAUGAGUCUUUCUGGAUUUCAGCCAGCCAACAACGGACAAAAUUAGGAGACAGCCGUAUCUCUUCCGGGGAAAAUCAAGCUCAUCCGUGAUCCACUCAGCGACUGGAGCUCGCAAAGAAGGAGAUACCUUCCCAACGCCCGCGAAACUACCUCCGUACGGGUCUGUCUUCUCAGAAAUGGCGGACCCAAAGGAUGGAUCUUGGUACCUCUGAAACCAAGGCAAGGGAAACCAGCUUCAGUUCAUUUAGAGGCAACGACCAAGCUCUCUCCAUAUCGUUAGGAAGCACACCGGUCAAAUCUGCAGGGGAAUAAUAGCCUGGGCUUUGGAAAUUUUGGUCAUAGAAGUUCUAGACCAGGCUGUUUUUCACAGCAACGGCGACAUCACGAGUCACCUAUCUGCCAACACACAGCAACGCAAGGGGAAUUGACAUCAGCUCAUCCGCAAGCAACAACCAAGCUCCAUCCAGAUCGAAGGGAAGCUAACCAGACUAAUAUUCAGGGGAAUUUUUUUAUUCCUUUGGAUUGGAAGGCUGAGAAUUUUUUAAUUCAUCCAAAUGGGUUUGAAAUUCCAAUUGAAAGCAAAUCUUUCCGUUUCUAUAUCUUUAGUUGCAACUUUAUUCGAAUAUUUGAAACAAAAAAUCAUAUUACAUCUGCCAUUGAUCUUGAUCUUGAAAGGGUGACUUGGUUGAUGAACUCAAUUGCCAAGCUUUUAUCUGAUAAUUGGUCUCGUACUAAGCUUGAAUUGAAUAAGUCUCUUCUAUUUUUUCAUGAUGCUAAUUUCUUUGGAGGCUUCUUUCACAUCAUCAAGAAAGAUUGUGAUUCCUUGUUUAAACCUGAAGGAUGGAAUGGAUUGGGGAUUUAACACUUUAUGAAUGGGAUCUCAAGAGCAAUUCAUCUAAUGAAGGAAUGUUCAGGUGAGAAUCUAGGUAACGUCCAAUCUAAUUUUGAGAGAGAUAUUUUCAUUCCUUGGUUGGACAGGAACCCCUCCCACCAGAACGAAUUUUCUAUUUCGGGGGCAUUGCUUCAGAUUGAUAUUGACAUGUCUAAUUCUUUUGAGAAAUCUCUUGUCUUGCUUCCGGUUGGGGAUAAUUGUAUCAUUGAGCACUCGGGAACUCUUGACUCUUCUUUACCAAUCAUUAAGGAUUUCUUCUAAAGCUCAAUCAAAGAAUUUGAAAGAAUUCUUUCAUCUGCUAUUGGUAAUAGAGACUCUUUAGAUGAGAAAAUGGGUAAAACAGUGAAUGCUAAUCACGGUCCUAAUGUCAAAUUCCCGAGUGAAACUCAAUACUUGGGAGAUGAUAGUGAGGGUGUAUUUUCUGAAAAGCUAGCCUAUAACUCGGGAGAUGAUUUCCUUGGUCAUGCUUCAGAGAGUGAAAAGAGGACUCCUAUUUCUUCGAUGGAGGAUCUAUGGGACUCCGACACCAAUCAGGAUAUUUGUAACAAAGCAAAACUGGUCACGAGGGACAACUGCUUGCCUACAAUGAACUUAAAUACCCAAAUGAAAAUAUACAGGAAAAAGCAUAAGAGGUCGCAUCUUAUGAAGACCAGAUCCCAAUCACGUAUGGAGAUUCUUGAUUAAGCAUUAAGGAUGUAUGGGGAGGGUUCUUUGUUGUAAUUCAGGUUGGUUGGUUUUAUUUUGUUCUCUUUUAUUUUUCUUUUAUUUUCUAACUGUACUUUACUUUCCAUUUCUUUAAUAAAAAUUGUUCUUUUUAAAA